AUGGCUGUCUUGGGUCUUCAGACUGUUGCUUUAGCCUUUCAAAUUGCUUCUUUUGCUUUCCUAUUAAUCGUCGUCUUAACUGCUCCUGUCACUGAUGUCCUAUCCAUUGCCGAUCAUGAUAACUACAAAUAUGGUAUCUUUGGUUAUUGCGACGAGUAUAGUUGUUCUGAUGCCACCUUCAAUUACAAUCCAACUGACCUAGUCUCUUCCCUGGAUACAGAUGAAUGGGCAAUGUCGAAUUCAAUUAGAUCUUCUUUAUCAAACCUAUUUAUCAUCCAACCAAUAGCCUUGGGAAUAACUUUCAUCUCUUUAAUCAUCCUCAUCCUAACUCACAUCCAUUCGUUAACUCAUUUACCCAAAAUCUUCAUCCUCGCAAUAAUCUUCACUCUAUUAUCAACUCUCUUAUCUUCCUUAAUUUGUAUAGUAAUAUUCUUACUAUUUUAUCCAAACGUCACCUAUGGUUCCUGGAUCUUAAUUCCUGCUGCUGUCCUAAACCUCCUAGCUUUCAUUCUAACAAUAUUAGCCAGAAACAUAAACUCAAACAAAAACUUCAACGAAAACACUUCAGUAGACUUGAUCGAUGACGAAUUUAAUAAAAAAGUAAACAGCUAUUCAAACUUGAAUUAUAACAAUAAUUUUGCUUCCUCCUCAAACUCUUUACCUCCUCCUCCUCCUCCAAUAAUCGGCAGUUUCAAUGACAAUAUCAACGACACAAACAUAAACAAUAAAAAUGCACUUGGCUCAAAUAAUAACAGUGAAAACACUUACUUGAACGUCUCCAAACCCGACGACCAUAAAAACUAUCAAGAAAAUUUAUCUGCUAGAACUCUAACCCAAGAUUCAGCCUAUGAAGAACAAAAAAGCAAUGUUAAUGAUAAAGUCUCGCUAACUGACAUUUCCAAACCUUCUUUCUCAAAGACUACUCCUCCGGUUCAACCUUCAUUUAAUAAUAACUUCAACAACAACAAUAACAAUUCCAUCACUCCUAUUCACAAUGGCCCUACUUCAAAUGUCAAUGCUCCUAUUAUCAAUCCUGCUUUUAACCCUUAUCAAAACCAAAACCAAACUCAAAACCCUCAUUCAAAUUCAAAUUCAACUUUAAAUCUCAAUAGAAAUCCAAAUCUAAAUUCAAAUCCAAAUUCAAUUCCUAAUCCAAAUAUUAAUAUGAACAUGAACUCCAAUUCCUCAUUUGGUAGACAACCAAGAAAUUCUCUUACCAGAGCAAAUCAACCUAAUUUUAUCUCUAAUCCUGAUAUGACAUCCUUCUACAACUCCCAAAAUAAUAUCAACAAUGACUUCUCAUCCCAAAAUGAUCCUUAUCCAAAUCCACAAAACCCUGCUCCUUAUCCCACUGCUCCUUAUCCCACUGCUCCUUAUCCCACCAAUCCUCCAUAUGCUUCUCCUUCAAAUAUUUCAAAUAACCCUCAAGGGCAAUUCAAUAACUACCUUCCCCAAGAUCCUUCAUCUCCAACAAUUCAACAACAACCUCAAAAUCUCAAUCCAAAUGCAAUUAAUCCAAAUUCUCCAAGUCCUGACUUAAACAACAACAUAAAUGAGGACGAAAGAUCUGAUGGUGAAAACUCUGAUUUUACCAGUGUUUCUCAAAGACCAAUCAACCCUCGUUACUACCAGGCUCAACAACAACAACCACCUUAUUAUCCUCCCCAACAACAGCAACAACCACCACCACCACCACCACAACAACAACAGUCUUAUUAUCCUCCUAAUCAACAACAACAAGGCUACUAUGUUCAACAACAACAACAACAACCUUAUAUUCAAGGCCACAGACCAUCCUCAGGCAGUGGUUAUUAUCCUCCUCAACAACCUCAAUUCCAACAACCACCACCACCACAACAACAACAACAACCUUCCAAACCUCAACUGUCUAGUGUAGAUAUUGUUUUGAACUCAAAUCCAGAUUUUGAUCUCCCAGGAACUGCUCAAAAGCCAAGGCCUGGUCGUAGGUUUGUUGCUGGUGCUGGGCAAUUGCAAGGAACUAAUUUUAGACCAACAUAUAAACAUCGUCCAAGUCUGAACAUAUCAAAUAUACCUCCUGCUUCUUUAAGUGGUGAUAGUCCUUACAAUUUUAGAUAA